UUCUAACAUUCACGAAAUUUCAAGCUCCUUAUGCAAAUUACGUUUUUUUCUCCUUCUGCGGCUCUAACGAGAGAGAAAAGGUAACCGCCUGCUCAGACACAGAGAGAGAGAGAGAGAGAGAGAGAGAGAGGGGAGGGAUCGAGCUCUCAAGCCCAGGCAGAUACAGAUACAAAUUUAUGGAUAUAUAAAUAGAGACGUUUGGAUUAGGUUUCGAAGAUUAGGGUUUUGGAGGAAAAAUAAAGAAAAAAUAAGGACUGUUUGGGUUUUGAAUUAGGGUUUUGAAGAAAUUAGUUGUAUAGAGUUUGCUAUGUUGAGUAGCCCUUGUGUUUUCUCUCCUAUUUUUGGAUUGUGUUGAAAUUUGGUGUGCCCUAAUGUGACUGAAGCUGUUGCCGGGUGAGGUGUCAGGGGUUCAAUGGGCAGCACCGGGGAACCAGACCGAAAACGGCGUCACUUCAGCUCCAUAUCACCUACGGCUGCCAUGCUUAGGAAGCAGCCUUUCUCGCACUCAUCUGAGGACAAGAAGCUUGAUACUGCUGUUCUUCAAUUUCAAAAUCAAAAGCUUGUACAGAAGUUAGAAGCUCAAAAGGUUGAGUAUUCCGCAUUAGAGAAUAAGUUCUCACAAUUAAAGGAGAAACAACUGCCUUACAAUUCCACAUUGAAAUCUGUCCAUAAGUCUUGGGAAUCGCUGGUUACCGACUUGGAAGCACAUUCCACCUGCACAAGAGAGUCUAGCAUUGGGCAAGAAAUUAGAUGCUUAUCAAUUACUGAUGAUGGAGUUUCAUCUUCGUUUGAGGAAGCUUUUCGUAGCCGGCUUGUAGAAACUGGUGCAACUGAAACUUCCUCUGCAAAUGAUUGCCUCAAUUCAAUGGAAGAAGAUAAAGGAAAUGCUUCUGAAAAAAUUAAGAAUAUUUUAAGUAAUAUAGUGGCUGCAAUCAAUGACCUUUGCCGACUAAAGGAUGGAUUGCAUGCAAUUGUUUUGAAUAAAAUUUCGGAGCAUGGUGCAGGUACGCAAAAGGAAUCUUGUGAGUUGGUGGCAGAGGUUAAAAACUUGAGAUUAGCACUAAGUGACCUCCAUCUCAAGCACAAAUCUCUUGCAAGGGAAUUGCAGAGCUGUAGAGACAUUGAUGCAAAAAGUAAAGCUGAGCUUAAGCAGUUAAAAGGGGAACUGGAGAGUGCUGUUUCUGAUUUAGAAGAGAGUAAUUUGAAACUGGCAACUCUUAAAGCAGAAAGAGAUGCAACAAAAGGGACAUUUUUCCCUGUCUUAAACCUUGGAAGUAAGCCUGUUCCUGGUGAUAGAGCUAGAGAUAAACAAAAGAAUUUGCAAGAGAUGGAGUCUGCUCUCAAAGAGCUUCUAGAUCAAGCUUCUUCCCGACUGCUGGAAUUGAAAGGUCUUCACGAUGAAAGGAUAAAAAUAUUGCAAAAGUUAUCCAAUUUGCAGAACUCAUUGAAGAAUGUGAAGCAUAUUUCUUCUUCGCAAGUCUACCUUUUGGUGAAAGAUCAAGUAGAAAAAUCAAAAUCAGAAGUUUUCCAGUAUCAGGCCUUAUAUGAGAAACUACAGGUUGAGAGGGAUAACCUUGUCUGGAGGGAGAAGGAAUUGAACAUGAAAAAUGAUUUGGUUGAUGUUUUUCGAAGAUCGUCUGCAGUUGUGGAUUCUAGAAUUGCUGAUUUAGGGAUAGGGAUACAGAGACAGAUCAGUGAGAGAAAUAUGAUCAAGGCUAAGCUGGAAGAGGCAUCAGGAGAACCUGGAAGAAAAGAAAUUAUUGCUGAAUUCAAAGCCUUGGUUUCCUCAUUUCCUGAGGAAAUGGGAAAUAUGCAACGUCAAUUGAGUACUUACAAAGAGGCUGCUUCUGAUAUUCAUUAUUUGCGGGCUGAUGUGCAGUCUCUUUCUACUGUUCUUGACAGGAAGGUAAAAGAGUGUGAAAAUUUAUCUACGAGAUCCAAAAACCAAGUUGCUGAGAUACAAAAGUUACAAUCUGUGGUCCAAGAUCUGAAAGAAUGUGAUCUGGAGUUGAGGCUGAUUCUGGAAAUGUAUAGACGUGAAUCCAUUGAUUCUAGGGAUGUUGUGGAAGCCAGGGAUGUUGAAUACAAGGCUUGGGCUCAAGUUCAAAGUUUGAAAUCCUCUCUUGACGAGCAAAAUUUAGAAUUACGAGUUAAGAAAGCAAACGAAGCUGAGGCCAUAUCCCAGCAGAGGCUUGCCACGGCAGAAGCUGAGAUUGCUGACCUGAGGCAGAAAUUGAAAGCUUCCAAAAGGGAUAUGUCUAGACUUUCUGAUGUUCUGAAAUCCAAAAAUGAAGAAAAUGAGGCCUACUUAUCUGAAAUAGAGAUGAUUGGACAAGCAUAUGAUGAUAUGCAAACUCAAAACCAGCAUCUGUUGCAGCAAAUCACAGAGAGGGAUGACUAUAAUAUUAAGCUUGUUUUGGAGGCUGUGAGGGCAAGACAACAGCAGGACUCUCUACUCAUGGACAAACGAACCAUGGAAAGGGAGAUUCAGCAAGCUAAUAUUUCGCUUGAUUUCUAUAAUGUAAAAGCUGCAAGAAUUGAAGAUCAGUUAAAAAUUUCUUUUGACCAGGUUCAUAAACUUACAGAAGAGAAAUUUCAAAACACGAGAACAUUGGAAAAUACUCAAAAGAGAUUGUUAGAUGUAAGAAAAUCAUCUAAUCAGAUAAGAGAGUCGCUGGAGGACUCACAAUCUGAGGUUGAAAUAAGUCGAGCAGCUCUUUUGGAACUGCAGAUAGAACUAGAGAGAGAGAGGUUUGGCAAGAGAAGAAUAGAACAGGAAUUGGAAGUAGCAAGGAGAAAGGUUUCAGAUCUUCGAGUACAGAGCGAGGGGUCAUCAAUUGUAGAAAAGCUUCAGCAGGAACUUAAAGAAUACAGGGAAAUUGUGAAGUGUAGUAUCUGCCUUGAAAGACCUAAAGAGGUUGUCAUUACAAAAUGUUACCACUUAUUCUGCAAUCCAUGUGUACAAAGAAUUAUGGGAAGUCGUCACCGGAAGUGUCCAGCGUGUGCCACAAGUUUUGGGUCUAAUGAUGUGAAGCCUGUUUAUAUCUGAGAUAGAGAAUGGUUGAAGGGGAUAAGUUGUCCGGGUCUUCUUGUUUAUGAGAUUCAGUCCCGAAUUUGGGUUCUUAGAUGCCUGUGUGCGUUGAUUAAAGGCUUGAGCUAUGGAUCCCACAGGUUCAUGCCUGUUGUGUUAGAAUUUUGUUGAGAGAAGAAUGAUGACACAGGAUACAGUUCUGCUUCUGUCUAAUUAUCAAGCCGUGCAAAUCAUCUUUAGAUUGAGUUUAGGUUGUGACUUUGCUUAGUUUGACUUCACUGUGUUUACAAUUCUUGUUUCUUCGUGUAACUGCAUAGAGCCACUGGAAUCUUUCAAUUUAUUAUUUGCAGAUGUUCAGAAUGGAUGAAAUGCUAUUGCCCAAAGCAUUGGAUUUGGAGGUUAUGCAACUGAUAAGAGUGGCAAGUGAUGUUGUAAGCCUCAUGGCGCACUGCAUUGCUAUUUGAUGUCAGUUUUUCUCCACCACUGAAAACAUGUGGAGUGUUAACCAAAUUUUUGGGUGUACAGGUUUUAGUAAAUGCAUUAGAUUUUUCAGAAAACAUCAGUUUAUGUCUUCUUUGUUUUACAAACUAGGACAUUUAUAAUAAUAGUUUUUCCAAGAUGUACACAGAUAUGUAUAGUUUUAUUUAAUUAUUUUUAGUUAUAUAUAAAUUCUACUAGGUAAUUUUCAGAUA